AUGGCUGAUCUGGAGGUUGAGUUUGUCACACUAGUUUCAUCAGAUAACUUCAAGUUUAUAAUACUGAAGGAGGUGGCGUCGAUAUCAUCAGUGUUGCGAAAUUCGCAGGGUUUUGAAGAAGGGAAAACGGGUAGAAUAGAUCUUGAUAUGGAUGGUGAUAUACUAGAGUGUAUUGUAGAGUAUUUAUACUAUCAUUACAAAUACAAAGACCAAGCUGAGAGUGGGGAUGUUCCUGAAUUCAAUAUUCCAACCCACUUGGCAUUGGAGUUGUUGGUGAAAGCAGAUUAUUUGGAUAUAUAG